AUGGCCCAGCCAGCCAAAGUCGAGCCGCAGGACCAGGACUCCUUCCUGGACGACCAGCCCGGCAUCCGCCCCAUCCCGUCGUUCGAUGACAUGCCGCUGCACCAGAACCUCCUCCGUGGCAUCUACUCGCACGGUUUCGAGAAGCCCAGCAGCAUCCAGCAGCGUGCCAUUGUUCCAUUCACCCGCGGCGGUGACAUCAUCGCCCAGGCGCAGUCCGGUACGGGCAAGACGGGCGCCUUCUCCAUCGGCCUCCUGCAGCGCCUGGACUUCCGCCAUAAUGUCCUGCAGGGACUCGUCCUCUCGCCAACGCGCGAACUUGCGCUGCAAACAGCUGAGGUCAUUACCCGCAUUGGUGAGUUCCUCGCAGACGGUAACCAGUCGUUUUGUGCUACCUUCGUUGGUGGAACACGUGUGCAGGAUGACUACCGCAAACUUCAGGCCGGCAACAUUGUGGCCGUUGGCACACCUGGGCGUGUAGUCGAUGUGACGAAGCGCGGCGCGAUGCGCACAGAGUCCCUCCGCGUCCUUGUUCUCGACGAGGCUGAUGAGAUGCUCUCUCAGGGAUUUGCUGAGCAGAUUUACGACAUCUUCCGUUACUUGCCGAAGGAAAUUCAGGUUGCCCUCUUCUCCGCCACCAUGCCAGAUGACGUGCUGGAGCUGACAAAGAAAUUCAUGCGCGAGCCAACGCGAAUUCUUGUGAAGCGUGAGAGCCUCACCCUCGAAGGUAUCAAGCAGUUCUUCAUUGCUGUGGAGGAGGAGCAUAAACUCGACACGCUCAUGGACCUCUACGAGACAGUGAGCAUUGCACAGAGUGUUAUCUUUGCCAAUACCCGCCGCAAGGUUGACUGGCUCGCUGCCCAGCUAAACAGCAGCAAUCACACGGUCAGCUGCAUGCACUCGGAGNCCCGCCGCAAGGUUGACUGGCUCGCUGCCCAGCUAAACAGCAGCAAUCACACGGUCAGCUGCAUGCACUCGGAGAUGCCGAAGCAGGAUCGCGAAAAGGUCAUGAGCACCUUCCGCAGCGGUAGCUCCCGCGUGUUAGUGACGACGGAUCUCGUUGCCCGUGGUAUUGACGUGCACCACGUGAAUAUCGUGAUCAACUUUGAUCUGCCGACAAACAAGGAGAACUACCUCCACCGUAUCGGCCGUGGUGGGCGUUACGGCCGAAAGGGUGUGGCGAUCAACUUUGUGACACAGAAGGAUGUGGAGGUGCUGCGCGAGAUUGAGUCGCACUACCACACACAGAUUGACGAGCUUCCGGUGGACUUCGCUGCUUACCUUGGCGAGUAA